CAGAAAACGACGACAGGACACCAACACAAAAUAUUAAUCAAUCCUAGAACUAUUCCAAGUCGCGAAUAACCUCCAGCGCACACGAUCCAUCGAUAGCAUCACCCGAACGAUCAUCUUUCAGCCGCGUCCAUCUGUUUCUGUACGCGAUUUCUAUUCGCCAAUCGUCAAUCGUCAAUUCGACAGCGUGGCAGCCUCGCCAUGGCGACGUAGGAACAUCCCAACCAGUCAUCCAUGUCCACCUGCGCCGUCCUCCUCGCGCGACAACGAACGUCCUCCAUCGCCUCAACAGCGUCAUAGAUCUAUAUCAGUUGAGGACAACAUCUGUCUGUACUCAGUUGCGCUCCCGCCGCGUCGACUACCUGGUUCAAGACAAGCGACCCGCACUGCAAUUGCUUUGUGGUCUCCCCUCGCGCCGAAACUUCGAGGCGUCGUGUUGUCGCAGAAUCUUCAUUCUCCCCUCAUCACAACACCAUCGCCAUGGAUCUCCGCUCAGUUCUUAAUACAUCUGACGGCGGCGAUCGCGCUCCGGCCAAACCUGCGCCGAAACCGCAACCGCCGCCGCAGCUACAUCAACAGCAGCAGCAACCUCACCCCCAGCAGAUACAGCGACCAUCGCAGAGUCCGGCCCAAGCACCCGCUCCUCCUCCGUACUAUCGAGAGUACGCCGCCCAUCCACCGCAGCACCCUUCACCAGGCAAACCGAUGCACAAGAAUAUCUUCCGCAUGUUGGCCAUCCCCAUCAACGUCAGUCACGACCACGUGUGA